AUUAACUACACAAAGUGCCAGUUACUGUAGCAUUCGUCAACUUUGCAUAAUCAAUGGGCUUAUUAUUCCUUUAAUUAAAUUUGACACUUGUCUCAUGCAUGACUCACAUAAUGGUCAACCUAACACUAACAGAGUUACAGUGUACAAUAAAUAUAAACAAGUACAGUCAUCCUUUUAUAUAAUGUAGAUCAAUAACCUACUUAAGGGUCUACAUAGUGUGUACUGGAUUGUCAGUCUCGCAGAUGUUACAUUUCCGUGCGGUACAACAGGAGACCAGAUCAUUCUCCCUGCGUGCGGUUAUUUGUGGCUAGGUAGCCUCGUUUUCGUUUUAUUAUUACCGCCUCGUUUUCGUUACCAACGCGGGUUUUAAGAAACAUGGCUGUGUUUCUUAAAGUUUCCCUUAAAAGUUAAAGUUAGUGUUGCUGGAGGUCGCCACAACGUAAGCUAAUCAAUUAUAGCACUGUAGUUUAGAUGUUCGCAGUAUUGCUUACAGUAACCGUAACAGUAAUCCACUGUGUAAUGCCUGAUCCGUGUGAUGUAGUGCAGUUUGUAAGUGCAUGUAACAUUGUAUGUUUGUUAGUCAAUUUUCAUUUGGUGAAGUAAGACUUGUAUUUGUAUUUGUAUUUUUAGUUCUUACGCUAUAUCGUGAGGGAUGAAUAAAGAAAGCAAACUGAGUUCACCCACUCGAAGCGUUAGCUAUCUGUACAUCGCCGUAUCUCCGAAAGCAAAAGGCAGCAUAUAGGCCAAGGCAGAAUAGUAAGAAGUUGGACUAGAAAGCUGCACUCGUGAUGGCAGAAAGGGAGGAUAUCACUCUGAUAGGAGACGAUUCAACCAAAGCAGUGGACGAUGACUCUUCAAUGCAGGACAGUGCUAGCAGACAAGAAGAAGGCUCGGCCAACGCACCGCCGGAUGCUUCUUCUGACGUCACCAUACAGGAACACUGUUUGUCCAAUGCACCGGACGACAGCCCUACUGUACAGCACGAGAGAAUGAGACGCCAACGAACUCUAACAGAGAGAGGGCAAAACCUCUACAUGUCUAGGGUAGCGGACUAUAAAAGCGAGUUAAGUCGUAUUCAACAGACUAUAGGCACGGACAGAGACCUUGCCAUAGGUAAUAAAGAGAAAGCACCUCUAUUGGACAUUAGGUACAAUGUUGUCAGGUGCUUCGAUCGAUACAAGCAUGUACAUGGACAGUUCAUAGGAUUUUUAGAAGGUACAAACACAGAAAAUAGUACACAGGAACUGAUCGCACAACAGAGUGCAAUAGACCGUGUCAGUGUUGCAGUGCAGACUGUUCUUCAAAAAAUAGAUAUUACUGUCAAGGCACUAGAUGGAGACAACGUGAACACAGAUGUGCGUACAUGUACAACAAGUAGGCAUAGCUCUAAAAGUGGAAGCAGUAGAGCUCAGUCACGGAGUAGCGCAAGGCUUCAGCAACUGCAGAAGGCUGAGGCAGCACGUGCUCGCCUCAAAUUCGCUGAACGAGCAGCUAACAUAAAGCGAGAAGAGGCACAGUUAGAGGAGAAUGAAAAAGUGUUACGGGCUAAGACGGAGAAGAAGAAAUCGGAUUUAAAGAUAGAACUUGGUCUACUGAAGGUGGAAGAGGAAGUGGCUAUAGUAGACGCAGAACUGGAGGUUAUGAUUACUGAUUGGUCUGAUCGUUCCUCACAUUCUUCAGUGGUGGAGGAGGAAUCCCAUAAUAGAAGAAUAAGGGAAUACGUUGAGGAGCAGAGGCGGAGCGUCCAACCAGAGAAGCAAAACAUCACUGUGGGAUCGGUACCACAUGUAGCGCGAGAUGUAUCUGUCAAGACAUCAGCUCCACGUGUAACAUACACUACACCGUUAGUGGUUACUAGUCCCCAUGUCGCUCCGAAUACGUCAUUCACGUCAGUGAAUCGUGAUUGCCAGAUUGGCCUGUUGAUAGGGAAAGACCUAAUCAAUGCACACCAUGUGCAUGAACAGUUGAUAGGACCUCGAGAUGCCCCGUUCGCCCAAAGGCUCGGCUUGGGCUGGGUAGUGAUCGGUGAGGUUUGUCUAGGGAAGGCACAUAGACCUGACACAAUACAUGUCAACAGUUUCAAGACUCAUGUGAUGGCCGAGGAACCAUUUUCGAACCGUGUAGUAGAAACCUGACACUACAUGAAGGCAAGUGCGAAGACAAGAAACAGGACUUUAUGAGAACCUUGUAUCAUGGUGAUGAGCUCUUCGUCAAGACAAAAGAUGACGAGAAGUUGGGUCUGUCGGUAGAAGACCGAGAGUUUAAUCAUG